CUAAACCCUUCUUUAACUAGAAUUUUCAAUAUUCUAUUCGUUCUGAGGCACGGAGAACGAUAUCAUUAAUACCACCUUCGGAGCACAAGGUUCGAUUCAUGGCUUCUUCAACCCCCUCUAAAACAUCAGCCUAUCCACAACCCAUAACAAUACUCCCUAAACAAACUCACAAAUCUACUAUGAUCAUCCUCCACGGUCGCGGCUCCACAGCCUCUAAAUUCGCCUCGCCUUUCCUCUCGCAUCCAGUAACCCCACUCCCAAACACUCCCUUCCCCUCUCCAUCACAACCUUUCCAAUCUCAUUUCCCACACACUAAAUUUAUUUUCCCUACUGCAUCACUGCGGCGCGCCGUCGUUUACAAACGCAGCCUCACCCACCAAUGGUUCGAUAUGUGGGAAAUCGCUACACAUUCGCCGGAGUAUCGGGAGGGACUGAGUGUGCUGGGUUUGCGGGAGAGUGCGGGAUAUUUGCAGGGAUUGCUGGAAGAGGCGGUGAGGGAGGUUGGGGGAGGGAAUGUAGUGCUUGUGGGAUUGAGUCAAGGUUGUGCGGUUGGGUUAGUGACGUUGAUGCUGUGGGAUAGAGAGGCUAAGGCAGAGAGGAGGACGGAGGGUAUUGCGGGCUUUGCGGGGAUGUGUGGCUGGCUGCCUUUUCGGAAGGGGAUGUUGCAGGCACUAGACGAUGAUGAGGAAGGGAAAGAGGACACUGGGGACGAUUUCCUAUUUGAGAGGAGUGAGGACGAAGGGAAGGAGAAGAAAAGCAAUCUUGAACGAGUGGUAGAGUGGCUUCGAGAAGAACUGGAAAUGAAUGCUCCUGUCUCCCGAUAUGGUGAAGAAAUUACAGUGAAAAAUAUCCCAGUGUUCAUGGGCCAUGGGACGGAGGAUGAGAAGGUGCAAUGCGACUUAGGGAAGAAGGCGACUGAAUUUCUGAAAAAGGUUGGCGUAAAUGUAAGUUGGAAGCAAUAUUCAGAGCUUGGGCAUUGGUAUUCGGCAGACAUGUUGAGAGAUUUGGUGGAGUUUGUAAAGGGGUUGGAUGGAUGGAACCAUGGUCAAGAGAUAACCGCCAGGGGAUAGUAGAUGACUAGAAUAUGGACGUCAGCUCUAAUGCCGCGAAUAAAAUUG